AUGAGUCAUCUAGGUCAAUCUAAGCCCCAAAUACAGGUUGUUGAAAGUAGUCAGUUUUUGGAGACACAGGGUAUGGAGCGUCUUAUGAGCUUAACGGUAGGUCUGGAAAGUUCGCCUGGACCGCUCACCAUGAGAGUCGAGUUGCUGAUGGGUGACUCGAAUAAAUUCUUUUACGUUGUCAUUCGUGCAGCCAAUGGUCAUUUUAAUAAGCAAAUUUUGAAUGCGCGGGUGUUCCCAACCUGUCGAACUGCCGACAAGAGGGGCUAG